GAACAACUAAACAACCAACUUCACAGCCCAAUGCCUCCGCGAAUACCGGCGCUGAGGCAAUUGCGCCACAUCCCGCAGAAAACAGCUACGCGGCUGUUUUACUGCCCAUCAUGCUCGCUCUGGCGCGUCAACGACACCCCCAAACACCUGGCGAAAGCACAAUCACGCCUGGGGCGGUUACACCAGCAGCGAGCUGCAGCAUCGCACCUAGCCUCCACGACAGCCAUCAACGUGCCCAAGGACGUGGACCUUGAGGUGAAGCAGCUUUACGAUGCCUUGAGUGACCUCAAGAGCCAUGCUGCGAACUAUGUCAACCUCAGCAGACUUCAAUUGGCGCUUCGGGGUUUAGAGAACCGAGACGCUGUUGUCAGACUUGCUGUUCUUGGUUUGAAUGAUCAAUCGUCUGCUCGUCGGCUUGUGCGGCUGUUACUCGCAGACCCACUGGCUGCCGAAGGCGAUUGGGAGAAGGAGCUCGAGAAGAUUCACCGUGAGGAUGGGCGAGGACUUUUGAUACGCUAUGGAGAAACUAUGGGACUUUCAACGCACCCGCUUCUUCCAACUCUGUUCAUUCCAUCCCGUAUCCUUAAGUCCCGAAGACUCGAGAUCCUCAUCUCAGCCGUCAACACCAAUGUCACCCGCUCAACAGUGAACGAAGACGAUGUGCGACCCGCUGAAGCCAUCCUCGUGCCGUCAUUACAAACUCCCUCAUCUUCAACAGGGCGGUUCUCUACGGUCACCUACCCCGUGCACAAGGCCCUGCUUUUCGGCAAUGGCGUCGACAGCUGCAUCGCCUAUGGCCGAUUCACAGCAGGACAUGGCAACGGCGAAAGCGUGCCCAAUGACAUGGUCAAGGUCGUCCUGGGCCUAUCUGCAGCAGAAAAAGCCGCUGCUGAGGCUUCCAGUGAGACCGUUCAGGUUAUCGACCUGGACAUGGCUACCAGCGCGCUGAGUAAAUUCCGGGAAUCCGUCUCCAACGCGACAUUCUUUGAAGAGCGAUGGUUUCGAAGCGGCAUGCCAUCGUUGGAGAAAUGGUUCAGCGAGGAGAAACCCGGCUACUCUUCUUCCAGCGAGGCUCUUCGUCCUGCCGUGCGAAACCUUAUCAACUCCAUUUUAGACGACACCGCCGAGCGUAUCACCCAUGCAGACACGGCGCGGCUCCAAGAAAUCCGCACAUCAGGCGUCGACGAGGACAAGCGCCAAGCCAUUGACAAAGCCGUCAAAGGCUGGGCCGAAUACAGCCACACCGAGCUCCGAGACCAAAUGGAUCUCGCAUUCAACAGCAAGCGAUGGCGAAAACUCUCAUGGUGGCGACUCUUCUGGAAAGUCGACGACGUGGGCGUAAUUGGCGCCGAGAUACUCGAGCGACGAUGGCUCGUCGAGGCCGAAAAGGGCAUCAUUUGGCUCGCCGGACGUAUUGUCGAAGCAGGCUUCUUCCCUGACCGACCUGCCUCCCUGCCCCCCACCUCUCCUUCUUCCUCCACUUCCACUUCCCCAACCACCACCUCCACAACACCCGCCAACAAACCCUACUCCUCGGCCGCCCUGUCCGAAUCCGAAUCCGAGCUACCCGACGAAGACGACAGCGACACAACAACAACAACCCACCCUUCUGCCCGCCCCUACGGCAGCACUCCUCCGGCCCCACGUCUCUCCGAUCUCGUGGACCGCCCCAACGCCGCCGCCGCAGCCAUCGACGCCGACGACGCCCGCUACGCAUGGGGCUCGCUGCCCGUCCCCACUCUCCAGCCGUGGCCCAUCCACAUCCCUUUGUCGCGUUCCCAUCUCGUAGCCUCGACCGUCCCGUCUCUACAAGCCCAGGCCCAGCGUCUCGUGCUGCAAACCGUGUCCACCACGGGCCUAGCUUCUGCCAUUUCAGCACUCACAUAUGUCUCCUUUACCACCACCAGCGUCUACGAAGCAGGCACUAUUGCCGCCCUCGGUCUCGUCUGGUCCCUCAAGCGAUUGCAAACGAAAUGGGAGGCCGCGCGACGCUUCUGGGAAGCCGAAGUCCGUGAAGAAGGCCGUCGCGUGCUCCGCGAAACAGAAGGCCGCAUUUCCACCAUCGUGCGAGAUGCCGGUCGUCCUGAGACAGAUGAGUUGGGGAUCAAGGAACGCAAAGAGGCUAGAGAUGCGGUUGAAAAGGCGAGUCGUGAAUUGAAAAAGUUGGAUAAGAGUUAGAGAAGAAUGGCAGGCCAAAUAGAUAGAUUUUUUAUAUCCAGCUCUCUUUUUUCUUUUCUAGUUUUCUAGUUUUCCAAAUUUCUAUUUUUCCUUUCUACUGUUCUCGUGUAUAUAUCUUACUGGUGAAUGGAG